GUCGACUGGCCCCGCCCUUUAUUCAGAUUAGAGUUCCCCCAUUUUCUCUUAAGGAUGUAUUGUGUAAAUUACUGUAAUUAGCCACAUAAUCUGUUUUAGCGAGAUGGCAUUUUUCAUCAAAGCAUUAAAUAGAUAUAUUAUAUAUAUUCGUUCCGCUGUAAAUAUGUUUCCAUUCAGAGAAUUUUCAAUAUGUACUUGAAGAUUUAAGUUCCUCCUUAAAAACAGGGGCCACAGCAAACUGGAUUUUCGUUUAUUCUCAGCAAAAACGUGUUCGGUGUUUUUAGCCCAUGCAUUGUGCUUGUUUUCCAACAUAACAGUUAUUUAAAAUGGAUUUAUCGGCAGCAAAAAAUGAAAUUAUGCACCUGUUGUCUCGAGUAAAUCCUCGCGAGCUUCCUAAACUGGUUGAGUGGAUGAAAAACUCGGAUGAACUGGACAAUUACUUCAUCGACAAUGAGAAAGUUGUACUCCAGAGCAUCGCAGAAGAUCUCAGGACCAGCGUGCCACCAGAAGCCACGUUUUCCUCAGAGUCCCUCGCUCUUCAGAAGAUCCAGCAGUCUUCGCGGGCCCUGAUUCACGUUGAUGCCUUCCUGUAUGAUGAGGAAGCGGUGGAUAUCCUCUGCGAGGAGGGAAAGCUGAGUCGUAACUACUGCUUGCAUUGUGGCUCCCAAAGAACAGCUCCCCUUGAGUUCAUCUCGCACUCUUUUUCUAUCAUGGAGCUACGUUUUCUGUUCCAGCAUGUUCUUCCAGACCUCACUGGACUGAUGUUGGUCGAUGUUGGCUCCCGGCUUGGGGCAGUGCUCUAUGCGGGGUACCUGUACAGCUCACUAGCUAGACUGGUUGGCGUGGAGAUCAGUUUAGAGUUUACUGGUCUUCAGAAGAUGGUAGUACAGAAGUAUGACUUCGCUGACCGAAUCGAGAUUGUACAUGCAGAUAUCUGUACUCAACCCGGCCUUCUUCAGGGUGCUGACGUUGUUGUUUUGAACAAUGUGUUUGAGUACUUUCUUGAUCAAGACAGCCAAAUAAGAGCGUGGCUGUGCAUCCAGCACAAUGUCAGAAAGACAGGGGCACUACUAGUUACUGUUCCCAGUAUGCAAGAGGCACUCUCUGCUCUCCAGCCGAGCGGCGGUGGCAUAGACAUCAGCCAUUGGGUGGAGGAGUUGCCAUUAAAUUAUGAUGUCUACCUUGGGAAGGACAGUGACCCUGACACUCUCAAACAGAUCCAUCUUUACCGGGUUCUCUGAACAGGGAAAACUUCAGAAAACAUUCACUGUGCUAAACUUCAGAAGGACUCCGCAGUGAACCUUUACUGUUGGCAAGAUGAUGAAAGAUACAGAUACAUGACGUUAAACUUGCAAAGCCUGUAACUGAAUGUGUCUGUAAAGUGGUGUUGAGUUAAUGAAUUACCAUAAAAGAAUAAACAUGAAUUUUUAUUCGUAAAA